AUGAAAACCCAUAUCAGAUCUGGGUUUUGGGUACUGAUAGCUCUACUUGUUUGUCUCAGCCUCUCUGUGUAUUCAGUAUCUGCAGUGACUGGUCGACCCAAGAACGUACAGGUUGCUCUUCGGGCCAAGUGGUCUGGUACCCCAAUACUUUUAGAAGCUGGAUACAGUAGAUCUUCCAAGAAAUCUCAUAUAGACCAAGAGGUGGUCUUCCCCUCCCCACAAUCUAUGGCUAGAAAUAUCCGAUCGGACAAUGAAACCACACCUUACCUAUUCAUGCAUGAAGACGAACUAGCCUCUUGGAUUCACUAUCAAAUCGAUGACUCUUCCUUUGACCGUGAAAGCUACGUGAAUCUUGGAAGCUUUUGUGUGGAUAGAGAGAAGGGGGAAAAGAAAAAUGCAGAGAAUAGCUCGAAGGAAUUGGAUGCUGUAGGCGUGUGA